UUCUCCUAAGUGUGGUGUAAAGAUCAAUUUAAAGCAGUCGAAUCGAAAUAUAUGGAAUCGAAAUAAAGAAUUAAGUACUGGAUGGUUUAUAGAGAGCUUAGUUGUAUUCUGUCUCGUGUUAGCUUAUAAAACUAUGAGAGUUUUAGAAUAUUAAUAUUUGACAGAUAUUCUACAUAAGGAAGAUGGUUAUGGGGUCACCAAACUCAGAACAUACUGUGCAAGUGUCUACAUUGGCCCUUGCUGAAGCUGCUCAUAGAGAAUAUCAAGCUGGUAAUUAUGACCGAGCAGAAAAACUUUGCAUGCAAUGGUGGAGGCGUGAAACAGACAGCACUGGUUGUUUAUUAUUGUUGUCAUCUAUACAUUUCCAGUGCAGAAGGCUGGAUCAAUCUGCACAGUUUAGUUCUCUUGCAAUCAAACAGAAUCCUAUGUUAGCUGAAGCUUACUCAAAUCUUGGAAAUGUUCUUAAAGAGAAAGGCCAGCUUAAAGAUGCUCUUGCAAAUUAUAGGCACGCAGUGAAAUUAAAACCUGAUUUUAUUGAUGGGUAUAUAAACUUAGCAGCUGCACUUGUUGCAGCUGGCGAUUUAGAAGGGGCUGUUCAAGCUUAUGCUACGGCUCUGAACUAUAAUCCAGAUCUUUACUGCGUGAGAAGCGAUCUUGGUAACUUAUUAAAAGCUUUAGGGCGUCUUGAGGAAGCCAAGGCAUGCUAUUUAAAAGCUAUUGAAACGCAACCGAAUUUUGCUGUUGCAUGGAGUAAUUUAGGCUGUGUUUUUAAUGCUCAAAGUGAAAUAUGGCUUGCUAUUCAUCAUUUUGAAAAAGCUGUACAAAUUGAUCCUAACUUUCUUGAUGCAUACAUAAAUUUAGGAAAUGUACUAAAAGAAGCUCGCAUAUUUGAUCGUGCUGUAACUGCUUACCUAAGAGCUUUAACAAUUAACCCAAAUCAUGCAAUAGUUCAUGGAAAUCUUGCUUGUGUCUAUUAUGAGCAAGGAUUAAUUGAUUUGGCAGUUGAUACUUAUAAAAGAGCAAUUGAAUUGCAACCAAAUUUUCCUGAUGCUUAUUGUAAUUUGGCCAAUGCUUUAAAAGAACAAGGUAAAGUUGAAGAUGCUGAGGACUGCUAUGAUACCGCAUUACAACUUUGUCCAACACAUGCAGAUUCACUUAACAAUCUUGCAAACAUCAAGAGAGAACAAGGGCUAAUAGAAGACUCUAUUCGGUUAUACUGCAAAGCUCUUGAGGUCUUUCCCGAAUUUGCUGCGGCACACUCGAAUUUAGCAAGUAUAUUGCAACAGCAAGGGAAACUGCAUGAGGCAUUGAUACAUUACAAGGAGGCUAUAAGAAUUCAUCCGACAUUCGCAGAUGCUUAUUCUAACAUGGGUAACGCAUUAAAAGAAAUGCAAGAUGUUGAAGGAGCUAUUCAAUGCUAUUCAAGGGCAAUCCAAAUCAACCCUGCUUUUGCAGAUGCUCAUAGUAAUCUUGCAUCUGUUUAUAAAGAUUCUGGAAAUAUUGCUGAGGCAAUACAGUCUUAUAAAACUGCAUUAAAGUUAAAACCUGAUUUUCCUGAUGCAUAUUGUAACUUAGCACAUUGCUUGCAGAUUAUUUGUGAUUGGAGUGGUUACGACAACAGAAUGAAAAAGUUGUUGGCUAUUGUUGAUGAACAACUUGGAAAAAAUCGAUUACCUUCAGUACACCCUCACCAUACUAUGCUUUAUCCCCUUUCUCCAAUACAAAGGAAAGCAAUUGCAAAUAGACAUGGUAAUCUAUGUAUUGAUAAGGUUUCGUUACUUCAUAAGAAACCAUAUUCUUAUCCGAAAGAUUUAAAAUCAAGUAGUGGCCGACUUCGAGUUGCAUAUGUAAGCAGUGAUUUUUGCAACCACCCUACUUCUCAUCUUAUGCAAAGUGUUCCUGGUUUUCAUAAUCGAUCUAAUGUAGAGGUUUUCUGUUAUACUCUCACACCUGAUGACAAUACUAGUUUUCGUAAAAAGAUUGAAAGUGAAAGUGAACAUUUUGUAGACUUAACCCAGUAUGUAUGUCAUGGAGAUGCAGCUGAUCGUAUUAAUAGUGAUGGUAUUCACAUUCUUAUUAAUAUGAAUGGCUACACUAAAGGUGCACGCAAUGAGAUUUUUGCAUUACGUCCAGCUCCUGUUCAGCUUAUGUGGUUAGGAUAUCCUGGUACAAGUGGUGCGACUUAUAUGGACUAUAUCAUUACUGACCGCAUUACAUCACCAAUGGCAUACUCAGAACAUUACUCAGAAAAGUUUGGCUAUAUGCCUCACACUUUUUUUGUAGGUGAUCAUAAACAGAUGUUUCCUCAUCUAAUUCGAGAUGUAACACAUGAAAAGCGCAAUGAGAUUACAUUAACGCAAGUUAGUACAAAUUUAGAACAUUCUGUUACAACAAAUCCGGCUGUUUCACAGUAUAUAGACGAACGAAUUGAAAGGCGCAAAGAAGAAGUUGCAGGAACCAAAGAUAGUGGUGAGCGUGUUCCAGAGCAGAUGCCACAAAUGACUAGAUCUACAUAUGGGCUUCCUGAAGAUGCAUUUGUUUACUGUAACUUUAAUCAGUUGUAUAAAAUAGACCCUGCUACAUUUGAAUCAUGGUGUAACAUUUUAAAGCGUGUUCCAAAUAGUGUUAUGUGGCUAUUACGUUUUCCUCAAGUUGGUGAAACCAAUGUUAAGGCUCAAGCGGUAGCUAAUGGUCUCAGUGAAGAUAGAAUUAUAUUUUCAAAUGUAGCUCCGAAGGAGGAGCAUGUGCGUCGAGGACAGUUAGGUGAUGUGUGUUUAGAUACACCUCUUUGUAAUGGUCAUACAACAGGUAUGGAUGUCCUCUGGGCUGGAUGCCCUAUGGUGACACUGCCAUUAGAGACUCUUGCUUCCAGAGUAGCUUCAUCACAACUGCAUGCUUUGGGUGUAGAAGAACUCGUUGCAAAAAGUCGUAGCCAUUACGAAGAAAUAGCAGUUAAACUUGGAACAGACUCAGAAUAUUACAAAAAAAUAAAGUUAAAAGUUUGGGAUGGUCGUUUACUGUCACCGCUUUUUAAUACUCAAAAAUAUACACAAAACCUCGAAAAACUAUAUUAUAAAAUGUGGAGGAGAUAUGAAAAAGGACUACCGGCAGACCAUAUCACUGACGUUCUUGACUAAAGUUUAUAUUUUAAAAUUAAAUACUUCCAAAGUUAACGGAAUUAUGGUGAAAGUCUUGUGUUAAUAGUGUUGACGAUUUUCAUUCCUGAAGUUCACUGCGUGAAUAUGGAUUAUCUUCCACCAACAUUUAACAUUGUUUUGUAUCCCGUAUAUGUAUUUAUAAAUUUAAUGAAGGUUACUAUGUAGAUUAGUUA